CAGACUCUAGUAAAGUAAGGGUGACGCGUUUGCAGCGAUACAAUUGAAAAGAAAGCAGUAACAAGUAAUCUUGUGUGUCGGAUCAGUGGAACAACAAGGGAGCAAAUUGAACGGAUGGAAUUUACGAGUAACGGUGUUCAACUAUUAGAUAAGCAGCUUAAUCAACUAUCUCCCGCGCUGGAUCCUCUACAUUUAGGCCUGAUGGAGCUGGGCACGCGACAAGCGUUGACCACCGGGGAACACACAACACGCUCUGCCCCCCAUCGCCGACCUUGAAAGGAGGGACACUCCGCUACUCUCAACCUUCCCUCCUCUUCCACUACCUCCUCUGGUACACCUCCUCCCUCCCUCCCUCCCCGGUCCUGAGAUGGUGAUGGUGAUGAUGAUGAAGCUGAAGCAGAACCUGCUGGUGGCCUGUCUGGUCAUCAGCUCAGUCACAGUCUUCUACUUGGGUCGUCACGCCAUGGAGUGUCACCACAGCAUCGAGGAGCGCAGCAGCCAGCCUGGGGACCAAGGGGUUCUGGGGGGCCUUCAGGGGCCGGGAGGGGUCCUCCUGGGCGGCUCGUUGGGCUCCUCCGCCAUCCUGCGGGGCUCCAGACCCGGGGGCCAUAACCUCUCAGCUCCAUUCGUCUACAACAAGGACAUGCCUCUCGUGUUCAUUGGAGGGGUUCCCAGGAGUGGGACCACGUUGAUGAGAGCCAUGCUGGACGCUCACCCCGAGGUUCGUUGUGGAGAGGAGACCAGGGUUAUUCCACGUAUCCUGGCCAUGAAACAGAUGUGGUCGCGGUCGGGGAGGGAGAAGAUGCGUCUGGACGAGGCCGGGGUGACGGACGAGGUCCUGGACGCCGCCAUGCAGGCCUUCCUCCUAGAGAUCAUCGUGAAGCACGGCGAGCCCGCCAACUUCCUCUGUAACAAGGACCCCUUCGCUCUGAAGUCCCUCUCCUACCUGGCUAAGAUCUUCCCGCACGCCAAGUUCGUGCUCAUGAUCCGGGACGGACGCGCCUCGGUCCAUUCGAUGAUCUCGCGUAAGGUGACGAUCGCUGGCUUUGACCUGGGCAGCUACAGAGACUGCCUGACCAAGUGGAACAGGGCCAUAGAGACCAUGUACACUCAGUGCCUGGAGGCCUCAGACAAGUGCCUGCCAGUGCAUUAUGAACAGCUGGUGCUCCAUCCAGAGAAGUGGAUGAGGACGCUGCUCAAAUUCCUGGACAUUCCCUGGAACGAGGCGGUGCUUCACCAUGAGGAACUCAUAGGGAAAGCGGGUGGUGUUUCUCUCUCCAAGUAA